AUGUUUGACACAUAACAUUCGAUUGAUUAAGAAGAACUAGAUACUUAACAAUCAUAAUCUUUCCUUUAACCAUAUCCAUCACAAAAUUUCUAAUCCGCGAUUGAUAGCUUAAGAAAUAUUAUGCUAUUCAAUUAUAUAGAAGAUUAAACUCAAAAUAAUGAAUAAGAAUCUUAAGAAGGAGUUUAAUUACAAGAAAUUAGUUCAUCUAGUGAAUAUGAAAAAUAAACAUAAUAACCUAAAGAUUUUGUGUUUACUACAUAUCAUCCAUCAGUAUUAUUUGGAGAAAAAAAAUAUAAUACAUAUAAAAAAUUAUUUUCAAGAGAAUCAAUAGGUAUUGAUAAUUCUGAAGAAGUUGCUGAAGAAUAAUAUAGAGAAAGUGACGACAUAAGAGAUUAAAUUCAUUCAAACUUAGCUCUAAUAAAAUCUUAAUUAAAAAAUUUUGAUAAGAAAUAAAGAAAUCCAGCAAGGAAUAAUAUUAAUCAAAGAUAGAUAGUACUAUUUGAGGAAUAAAGUUCAAAUUAAAGUAAUUUAUCUUUGUCUGAUAUUGAUUCAAUUAUGGAUUAAGAAUUAAAUGAUGAAUAUAAUCAUGGUGUAGAAAAAAAGAUUUAAAAUUAUAAUUCAAAUUGCAACAUUUUGGAAAAAUUCACAACUUAAUAUAAAUCAUAAAGUUAAAUUGAAAAUUUCUGA